GCCGGGCAGCUGGCACCCGGGCCAACAGCACCCUGCUGGACUCCAGGGCCUGGGGCAGCCUGCUGUCCAGGUCUCGAGCCGGCCUGGCUGCAGCGAUCGCCCGGUGCCUUGGGAAAGCGGCUACUUUGUGGGGGAUCAAGAGACAGCGGAGACUGUACUGCAACGUGGGCAUCGGCUUCCAUCUCCAGAUCGCCCCCGACGGCCGGAUCAGCGGCACCCACCAGGAGAACCCCUACAGCCUUCUGGAAAUUUCCACCGUGGAGCGAGGCGUGGUGAGCCUGUUUGGGGUGAAAAGCGCCCUGUUUGUCGCCAUGAACAGCAAAGGCAGGUUAUACACCACGCCCAGCUUCAAGGAGCAGUGCAGGUUCCGAGAAACGCUCCUGCCCAACAAUUACAACGCCUACGAGUCGGACGUGCACCGGGGGUGCUACAUCGCACUGAGCAAACACGGGAGGGUAAAGCGGGGGACCAAGGUGUCCCCCACCAUGACGGUCACCCACUUCCUCCCUAGGAUAUGA